GAGCUUCCAGUUCUUCUGGACAUUAUGUGAGAGCUGCAUGAUGCUGGUGGUGCUGGGAAGGAGGAGAUCCUCUGGCUGUCUCUCAUUCUGCAUAUGUCUGGCUCUUUAUGCACACCUACUACAGGCAGCUCCAGAUUUCACAGGAUAUGUCCAUAAGAUAUUGAAGAACCACACUGCUCAAGCCUGCGACGGUGAGACACUUACAGUCUCUUGCCCCUCAAAGACGGCUGUGGCCAUUCUGUCUGCGGUUUACGGUAGCCAUGCCUCGAGUGACACUGUGUGCCCCAUCACUGACAGAAACAGGACAGAGGAGAAAAAGGACUGUGUGUCCUUCGCUGCAGUCCAGCAGAAGGUUAUGUACAAGUGUCAGGAUCGGCGGGCCUGUAAAAUCCGUGUCCUCAGCAAUUCAUUUGGGCCAGAGCCCUGCCCGGGAACCAGCAAGCUCCUCACUGUGUCCUACAAAUGCCGCCCAGAACACCACCGCAGUAAGUUGGUUUGUGAGAAUGAGAGACUGCGACUGACCUGCAUGAAUGGCACAGUGCUGGCCAUCUACUCCGCAACAUUUGGACACCUGCUGCAUGGGAGUCCUCACUGCCCGCUGGAGAACAACACAGCACCAGACAUGGAGUGCCUGUCACCUUCUGCCCUGAGGAAGAUGUCUCGUAGGUGUCAUGGAAAGAUGAACUGCUCUGUGCUGGCUGACACUCAGACCUUUGGGGAUCCUUGCUUUCCUGGUGUAAGGAAACACUUGCGGGUGUCUUACACAUGUGUGCCCAAAAAUCUCCUGGAGGAUAUGGAACGUGGGCCUCCAGAUCCUUUCUUAAUAACUGAUUACACACAUGGGUUCCCAGAAGCAGUAGCUCUGUACUUUGUAUCUGGGAUCUGCGCCGGCCUGGUCUUCCUGCUGUGCCUGUUCGGUUUGAAGUCAACACUGGUGCGGGAUGUUAAAGACCUAUUCUCAGAGAUGGAAGAUGAGAUACGGGGCACCCCGAGUUCCCAUCCCGAGCUACUGGAGGACCUCAACAAUGGCACCUCAUCUGAGUCAUCCUUCCACAGGCUCACGCGCUCCUACCGGGCAGCCAGCAUGUUCAGCCCCGAGCGGAUGGUGGAACAGGAGGAGGAAGAGAAAGAACAGCCCCUAGGAGAUAUUUGGAUCAAUGGGGACUCCAGCCCUUAUGUCAUCCACAAGACCAUGUCCUCUGAAUAGGGAACCAGACUCUGAUAAAGAAACUGAAGUCAUAUGGAGCUGAACUGACCUGAACUCCAUAAGAAUGAAUAAAUUGUGUCACGAUGAUCAGUGCAUAGAUCAGUGUAGAACUAAUGUUUUGUAAAAAAAAAUGUUAAUUAAAUUCUGCAAUGUUAUUUAAUCAAGGUUACCACAGUGUGCAAAACUAUAUUGUAAUUUAAUGAAAAUUCUCACAAAGACUGUUAUAACUUCUAAACUCCUUUCUGGACAAAUCUAUGCUAAACAACUAGCCAUACAAAUCCAUUAUAUUAUUUAACCAACACUUUCAGUGCUGUAGCAGCCUGCCUUUGAAACUACUUUUCAAAUGUUUGUCUGUUUCUUCUCUCCUGUUGUAAUUUUAAGAAAAUGUAUACCAAAUAAAAGAUGUCACGUUAAAUGA